GGCGCUUGAUGGUGUAAAUUUUGAUGGAUGCUAAUUUCAAUCCUGCAUGGUGUUUGAGAUUGUUCCCUUUAUUCUUCACAAAUGAAUGAGAAAAAAGCCGAAGACAUCGAGGGGCCCGUUAAACCACCAAAAGAUGACGAAGUUCCAUUCAUUAUGGCAGAAAAACCGGCUGGAAACGAAAAACGACACAAUGCUAUGAACGAAGGAGAGCAUAGCAGGUCGCUUGACGAACAAGUGAAACAUUUGGAGCGAAAGAUCCGCGCAUACAGCAAAGCUAAAGACAAAGUUAAUGAAGGAGAAGCUCUGAGUAGCUUAGGAAUACUCUAUUACAAGGCAAACAGAUUUGCUGAGGCUAAAAGCUGUCAUGAACGACAUCUUAACUUAGCAAAAGCUAUUCAAAACAAACGCGCCGAAAAGAGAGCAUAUUGUAAUCUGGGUUGCACUUAUCGAAGGAUUGGUGACUUGGAUAAAGCUGUUGAAUGUUACGAACAGGGUUUAAGACUUGUAAAGGAGCUGGAAGAUAGACUCGGUGAAGCAAAACUCUUGAAUAACCUUGGAAAUAUUUUUGAGCAGCGCUGUGACUUUGACCAAGCUGUGUAUUGUCAUCAAAAACGUCUGAGCGUCGCCAGAGAAUUAAAAGAUUUAGACGGCGAGAGCAAAGCUUGUGCGAGUUUGGGAAACAUAUAUCAUUUGCUGGGGAAUAUUCGAGAAAGCAUCAACUAUUACGAAAAGCUGGUGGCGUGUUUAAAGUACAAGCUAGGUAAGUAAAAUAGUGCGAAGAUUUCUUAAGAUCUGGGCAGCCAACCGCUUAUGCAAAUGACACUUUUCUGUUUACAGCUGAAUAGCAUUCGUAACAGGUAUCCAAGAGUAUAAUUAAUAAUUCAUACAUUUUUUGAAGCCGAAAUAUUUAAAGUACAUGUAUCUCCAAUUUGAUAGAAAUAAGGGAAGAAAAACAUAAGAAUACCUGCGGUAAAACGAUAAAACUUUUAGGCAAAGAAGGAAUGAAUUUGAAUCUUAUUCGGAGAAGAAGCCUUUAGCUUCAUCGCUUAUCUACAUUCAGAUGUAAAUUCGAUCGAGUCGACGUUUUGUCUUUUGACAUAUCAGAGCCUUGAAUUUGACAUUUGCGUCAGUCCAACUGCAUCUAUUUGAUAACUAUGGGUCAGUGCAAGGUCGGGAUGUGUUAGAAUAUAGAAUGGUUCGGUCUAGUAAGCGAAGUUUUAUUAACGGUACCUUUUUUAAUCAUUUUUGUUGUUGUUUUGUUUUGCGUCAUGUUAUUUUACUUAGGACUUAAAGGAAACCACAAAUUUGUAUUUUCAAAAGAUAAAUAUCACAAAUCUUUGUAACAUAUCAGUGAUUUGAUGUUGUCCGUAUGACGUUUUUUAAAAAUUUUCUUAGCAGUCUGGAUUCGUGAAACGCAGAAAUGGAUAAUAUUUAAGUGGCCUCUCUAUACUGUCGAGUAACUGUUAUGAUUAAUUUUUUUUUGUCCUAAGCUUGAUAAAUGCUUCGAUGUUUCGUUUGCAUUUUUUUUAUAUGAUGGUCCUCCAGAAAAAAAAGGUCCCGAUAUGCCAAAUGUUCCUCAGCCGUUAAACUCUCAGAAGUGAUUAACAUGCAACUUCUCCCUAUAAUAUCCAUACUUUAUCAAGCAGGCAGGUAAUGAGAAUACUCAUACUCAUCAGGUAGAAGUUGUUAACUUAAUCUAACACCAAAGUCUCGCGACCAAUUUAUAAGGAAAUGUGUAGGAGUAAGAGGGGAGAAUCGCCGAUCAGAUCUUAGGAGUUUUUGUUUUCUUGUUUGAUAGCCAUGCAAGAAAAGAAAUCGAAAAGUGAGGAGGGUUCAGAAGACUGCUCUAUGCCUGGUAGCUCUUCAAAUAAAAUGGGAGAUGACUCCAAAAAGUCACGAGCGAGGAGAGGGAGCGAUCUUGAUGAACAAGGUAGUAAUAGCAGUAAAAGUAGUGGUGACAGGAGUGGGAACGGAAGUGGCAAGGGGUCUUCUAUUCACUGAAGAGGAGACAGCACAGCAGAACGAUCUAACUUUUCAAAUUGUGCUCACGGCGGAAUGGAAUCAAACGAAAAAGGCGAGCGUGCAAAUAAUGGAACAGCAGCUGUUUCCAUGAUCAGCAGAGCUGCCGUUUGUGGUUAACUCGUUUUUUCGCUCGUCUAUUCGGGAAAUAAUUCAUUCAUUAGUGGAAAUCAUCGAAAGACUCAAAGAGCUCAAAGAAAUUCGGUUGACAUGAAGACUGUACUUAUUGACUGAGUGGGAGGGCCGAACACGAGGAUACUUGGCUCGAGGUCAUGCGUGAUGAACAGAACCGAGCGCAGCAUAUUCUCUAAAGACUGCCCCUUUUCUUUUCUUCCUUAUUCUUUUAGCUCGCAUCUUGCGAAGCCGCACGGCUUUCUACAACCUUGCUUGCUGCGUAAAGCGGGAUUUAAAAUUUAUGCAAUGCUUUUCAAGUAAAGCGCGCGGAGGGCCGCAGGGGUCGUCAUAUGAGUGGAGACUCACAAGCAGAUAUAACAUGGUACGAUGUGGGUGCCUGUACAGAUUCAGAAACUUGUAACCCUGUCAGCCUUGAAUCAAAUGUAAAGGUCAUGAGAGUAAGGGAUGUUAUCGCCAAUUUAAGAAGCUCCUGAUUUUCAAACAAAUUCUCCUUGUCACUCAUUUAAAAUUUAAAGAGAACAGUAUGAAGAGAUAUGACAACCAAUGUGAGUGUGUUAAGGGUCAACUUGACAAAAUGAAAUCCUGAGUUAUUGGUCUGAACACAAGCCGGAUCUUUAUCGCCCCGCGUAAAUGUAAAUAAGAAAUUGGC